AUACGGCAACGUCGCUACGCCCAAUCACAUGACGAUGAGUCAGAAGACGGCGUGGCCGCUCUAUCCUUUUCCCGAGCUCCCCGCUGAGGGUUUAGCCAUCGCGCGCGAGGAAGCCCCUGCGCUUCCUUAUGCUCCCGAGUUCGCAGGUCUAAUGAUCUUCGUUUGCCAAUCCCCUUUCCCCUUUCUAUGAUUCCCUAAGCUAGUUCGUCGCUCUGCUGUUCCUGCAAAUCCCGGAAGAGAUGAUGUUAGCGAACAGGCCAAUGGGCCUCCUCGGUUCAGGGGAUUGCCGGAGUUUUUCUAGGAAUGCUUGGCCGAAUGUUUCUUCGUUUCAGGGGAUUUCGAUUCUGCCGAGACGCUUCUUAGGCAGAGCUUCGGUUCUUCGGAUGGCAAGGAGAAGACGGGAUCUCGACGGAGGAAGUUCCAAAGGCCGAAUUUUUUGUGCUUUCGAGGAUAUGGGGAGCGUGUCUGCCUCCAGUAUAUUUCUUGAGAAGGAAUUCACGUUUACGCCCGCGUUUGAUGAUUAUGUGAAGGUUUUGGAAUCGGUGAGGACAGAUAGGAGUAGGCAUACGGGCGAUGGCGAGGAGGAAGGCUCGAAGAAGCGACCUGUGAAUAAGGGGAAAUCGUUCAGAAUGAAGCAGCAACAUCGAUCAGUUAGAAAUGAUGAUUCAAAGCAGAGGCCAAAUGCGGUGGAAAAUAGCUCUCGGAGUGAAAGAGUUGCCGUUCGUGGAAGGAAUAAAGACUUGGAAGAUGCUACAAGAUCAAUAACGAAUAGGAGUGAAAGAUUUUCCAUUCGUGUAAGGACCAAGGACUUGGAAGAUGCUACUGGAUCAAAAAGGAAUAAAAGUGCUGACCGAUGGGGUUUGGAUGAAGGGCUGUUACAGAAAGGAACUCCAAGGAGAAACGGCAAUACUAGUAAUCUACACAACAAUGGUAAUGGUAAUUCUAGAACUUUGAGGAAAUUUCACUCGCAAGACAAAUUAUAUGAUACAGGAGAAGACGCAGAAGGCUACUAUUUUGUUAAAGGAAAAGUGAGUCAUUUAGAGAGACAGAUGGAUAUAUCUCAAAAGAAUAGGAAAAUAGUAGGAGUUGAUAAACUUGAAACUUCCAAGGGAAAUAAUGCCAAACAUAGUAACUACUCCCAUUCAUCAGGGGGUGAAUCUCGUCCUAGACGCUCAAAGCCUGUAAGUGGGGAACUAACUGAAUCAAACAGUCCAUGGUCAAGUAAUGAUGAUUUAAAUGGAGGCAUUGAUGAUCACGAGAUUAGUUAUAUCAAUGACCAUCAUCCCAACGAUAGUAAGGUGGCAAAUACUGUGCAUGGGUAUGUAAUUAAUAAUUCUGUAAAGAGGUUACAUUCUACUGUAGAAAGUAUACAGAGAAAGUCAGAGGAACUCGUGAUGAUAAAAAAGGAACAAAAUGCUAAGAAAUUUUAUGCAAGUGAUACAAGCAAUGUCAGCCCUGGUUCCAAUAUGACUACUAAUCACAAGCUCCAUUUGACAAGGGAUCAUGGAUUGGCAAAUACCAGAUUGAGAAGAAGCGGAGAAGAGCUCAAACUUGAGGAUGAAAAUGAUGGGCAGAAUAUGCAUGUCAAUAGUUGGGUAGGGAAACAAAAUAAUGACAAAGAGCAAAUAGUGAAGAGGAACAAAUUUUCUUUGUCAAAGAAGUAUGAUGGGCAUGAUAGGCAAAACUGGAAUUCUGGCAUGAAUGCUAAUGGUUUGAAUACAAGUAAGAUGCUCAGUGAUGUUAAUUUGGACACCAGCAACUUUUCUAGAGAUGCUGAUUGCUUCGAUUCUGAGGACAGAGCUGCAUUUAAGACUUUUGAGGUGUUCACUGAUGUCAGAAACAGACCAAGGGUAUUGCGGAUGGAAUUGGAAGAGAGGAUACAGAACCUAGCAAAGCAGUUAAAUGCAGCUGAUAUAAAUAUACCUCAAUGGAAGUUUUCUAAGAUGAUUCACAAUGCCAGGAUUAAAUUCACAGAUCAUUCAAUCUUGAGGAUUGUUCAGAUAUUGGGCAAACAUGGGAACUGGAGAAGGGUACUACAAGUUGUUGAAUGGUUUCAGUCCCGAGAGAGAUUUAAGUCACUUAAGAGCAGAUAUGUUUACACAUCUGUCCUCGAUGUGCUUGGGAAGGCAAAGAGACCUAUUGAAGCACUUAACAUAUUCCAAGCUAUGCGCCAAGGGUUAUCUUCGUACCCUGAUCUUGCAGCUUACCAUUGUAUUGCUGUUACACUGGGCCAAGCAGGACUCAUGAAGGAACUAUUUGAUGUCAUGGAUUGCAUGCAAGCUGUUCCAGAAAAGAAGUUCAACUUGGGCCCUCUUCAGAAGUGGGAUCCACGCCUUGAACCAGACCUUGUUGUCUACAAUGCAGUUUUGAAUGCUUGUGUUACGCAGAAACAAUGGGAAGGAGCAUUUUGGGUUCUACAACAGCUGAAACAGCGGGGUAUAAAGCCUUCUAACACAACCUAUGGGCUCAUCAUGGAGGUGAUGCUGGCAUGUGGCAAGUACAGCCUAGUGCAUGAGUUUUUUAGGAAAGUUGAGAAAACAUCAGUACCUGGAGCUCUGAAUUACAAAGUUCUUGUAAAUGCUCUAUGGAGAGAAGGUAAAAUUGAUGAAGCUGUAGCAGCAGUGCAAGACAUGGAAAAGCGUGGAAUUAUAGGCACAGCCAGUCUUUAUUAUGAUCUAGCACGCUGUCUCUGCAGCUCAGGGAGGUGCCAAGAAGCUUUACUCCAGAUAAAGAAAAUAUGCAAGGUUGCAAAGAAACCUUUGGUUGUAACAUAUACUGGAUUGAUUCAUACCUGUAUAGACUCUGGAAGCAUUGAGAAUGGAGCAUUUGUCUUUAACCAAAUGCAUAAAUUUUGUUUGCCAAAUAUUGUAACUUGUAACAUAAUGUUGAAGUCAUACUUGGGUCAUGGGAUGUUUGAAGAAGCAAAAGAUCUGUUUCAGAAAAUAUUGGCUGGUGGUUAUCAGAAUGUUGACAGCAAUGGCUUGAGUCAAAGGGUUGUUCCUGAUAACUUUACAUUCAAUACCAUGAUUGAGUCUUAUGCUCAAAGACAGAAGUGGGAUGAUUUUGAGAAUGUUUAUAGACAAAUGCUAAACCAAGGGUUUCACUUCAACACAAAAAGACAUAUGCGCAUGAUGCUUGAUGCAUUCAGGGCUGGGAAGAUCCUGGUGCUUGAGUCAACAUGGAAGCAUUUGGUUCGCUUUGAAAGGGUGCCGCCAAUACCUAUUAUCAAGGAAAGAUUUUGCAUGAAACUAGUGGAAGAAGACCACCCGGCUGCCUUUUCUUGCUUGGACAUUCUUCAGGAGAUCGACAUCCAUGCCUUUUCUGAGAGGUCAUGGUUGAAUUUACUCAACAACAAUGCACAUCGCUUUAAGAGCGACACUAUUUUAAGGCUGGUUGAUGAAUUGGAUGCCCUCACAGCUCAAAACAGGGAGCUGCCCCAAGUAAAAGAGAACCUGAGAAAAGCUUGCAAACAGUUUGUUUCCCAAGUAAAUGAUGUUCCAAGAUCACCAAAUCAUCUGGAAGUGGCAUGCAAUUCAUAACUGGAGCAAUCUUUCCUUCUGAUGCAGUUCCAAGCUUGAGAUAUAUUCCUGAAAGCUCAUAAGCAGUGAGGAGAAUUAUAGUUUUCAACCAGUAGAGAAGCAGAGGACAUUGAUGAAAUGCAAGCAUUUGCUCAGCAAAUGCAAGUGGCACAAAUGGCAUCAACAUAUGAUUAAAGCAACCCUACUUUAGCAUGUUCUUUCAGCUCAAUAAUCACUUCAUGAUGCUUCAGAAGUUUACAGUAGCUAAAUUCUAUGGACUCACAGAGAUCUUUUGCAGAAGUGCAGGACACGAAUUCUACUAGCUGACAACACUAAAUAUGAAUGGUGCAGCAUGGAUUUUUUUUUUUUUUUUUUGGCAUCAUCUCUGUACGGGAACCUUAAAUUCGUUGAGAUUCUUGUGCUCUUUAAUCAUUCCGCUACCUCUAAUGCCACGCCUUCAUGAGCAAGUCUAAGAAAACCAUCAACAAGCCAACAACCCAUGGUGGUCCAAGAAUUCAUAUGGUCCAACUUUGUAGGCGAGCCAAGAUCAUGAUGAGCUUUACAAUAUUUUUAUUCGUCCAAGAACUUGAUCCAAAUUUACAGAUUGUUGUCCCCU